AUGGAAAAGCCAAGGAUUGAUCCUUGUAUUGGAAAACAAAUAGAGCUUGUUGUGUUGGUUAUUUCAAGAAGGGAAUCGUUUCACAAGCGCAUUGGAAUUAGGAAUAGUUGGGCAAAAGAUGCGAAUGAAAAGAUGAUAAUCCGCUAUGUGAUUGGCGAUCCAGCUGAAAAAGAGGAGAAUGGCGAGAAAUUGAAUAAAAUAUUGGAUGAAGAACAAGAACAAUUUGGUGAUUUGAUUCGUUACUAUAAUAUAAUGGAAGGCUACCAUUUUUUGCAGUUUAAAACAGGUGCUGCUUUUCAAUGGCAACAAAAAUGGUGUCGCAAUGCAGAAUAUGUAAUGAAAAUUGAUGAUGAUGUAAUCAUUGAUUUGCCUCGUUGGGCUUUCUGGAAUGAACACAAAUUCAAAAAACAACUGACGGAAACAAAAAAUGGCCUAGCAUUUUUUGGAUAUUUAGUGGGCGAAACACCUACAAUAAGGGAAAAGAGCAGUAAAUGGUAUGUAAUAAUAAUGAUUUGGACAUUUAAUAGUCAGAUUUUAAUAGUCAGAUUCGUUUGGUAUCCUAGCGCCGAUUAA